AUGUCAUAUAACAAUGAUGAGCAAGCCCGACGGGCUCAGGCUGUCCGGGACGCUCAGUGGGCUAGCAACCGCAGUCAGCCCCAAAACACUUAUCCCUACCAAACCGGCACCUACUCGAAUCCAGAUGAGCCCAUAAUUCACACAGUACAAGAACCCUCAAUGUCUCUUUUGAACAGUCCUAGCAGUCAUUCUAUACCCGGGCUGCCACAUAACCCAGCUCCUCUGCCGAGGACGUAUCAGAAUCCCGCUCGACAACAAGAUUUGCGUAGGACAGCUUUGGAAAACGAGGCUUAUAAUCAGGGGCAAAGCUCUCGCGGACCUCCAAAUGCCGGAUAUAGUGCACAGCCUUCCAGCUACUAUGGACAAGCCCCUCAAGAUCCGAGACGUGGAACCAGUGGCAGCUCUCAAGGAUAUCCGAGUGUCGGUUCUAGCGCACAGCCUUCCAACUACUACCCUCAAGCCCCUCCGGACUCGAGACCUGGGCCUAGUGGCAGUCAAGCAGCCCAAACGCACCGACUUGGAUCUAUGUCCAAUCCUAUCAUUUACGAAGGCCGUUCAGCCAAUGAGGUUCAACAACAGGAGAAGCGAAAAAAGAACAAAGAAGAAAGACUAGCAAACGAGAUGUGCUCGGAAGCACCAUGCAGUAACCGCGUUGCCCCAGGAAAGAUAUCAUGUGAAUAUCACAUGAAAAUCAGGAGACGAAGUGGAAUUGCGUAUCGAGAGAGGAAAAGAGCAGAAGGCAAAUGCUAUAGAGGUGGAUGCGACAGGCCUGCCGUGGGUCCUGGAGAAAGAUGUCAAGAAUGCAUCGAUGCUUCUCGGGCUUAUCGUGAAGCAAGAAAGUAG